AUGAAAGGAGAACAUGCUUUUGUCCGCACUGACUUUGAGGUUACCAUCAAUUACAACUGGGAAACUUAUGGCCGAGUGAUGGUGCCUAAUACUUAUGCUGAUGCACUAUGUGGCCUGUGUGGAAACUUCAACCAGGAUCCUAGUGAUGACUUGACACCAAAUGGCAAAAAAGAAGACGAAAUAAAGUUUGAAGAAAAGUUUAGGGUUGGUGAAAAUAAUGACUGUACAUCCGAAUGUGUAGGGAAUUGCAAAGGCUGUAGUGCAGAUGAUACCCUUAAAUACUCAGGUGAGAAGUAUUGUGGUAUUAUCAAGAAGAAGGACGGACCUCUGAGUCAAUGCUACAAUACAAUCAACCCUUCAUUAUAUUUUACUGACUGCGUGUAUGAUAGCUGUCUAUCUGGAGGUCAAUAUUCAGGAGUUUGUGGAGCCAUUGCUAGGUAUGUCUCUGAAUGUCAAGAAAAGGGAGUCAUCAUCGAAGAAUGGAGAAAAUAUACAAUAUGUGAACAAGUCUGCCCUCCGAAUAGUCAUUAUGAGCUCUGUGGACCUGGUUGUCAUGCCACAUGUUCAAAUGUUGCAUCUGACUGCCAGAAGACCUGCACUGAAGGAUGCUAUUGUGACAGUGGCUUUGUGCUCAGUGGAGACACAUGUGUCUCUGCUUCUGAAUGUGGCUGUGACUACAAUAACACCUAUUAUCAAAGAGGUCAGAUAUUUAAUCUGGAUGAACAGUGCAAUACGCAGUGUCAGUGUACAGCCAAUGGAUUGGUCGAAUGCCAGGCAGUGUCCUGUGGCCCCAAUGAAGAGUGUAAGGUGGUCAAUGGAGCCAUUGGCUGUCAUUCUAAAACAACAAGCACAUGUCUUAUAGCCGGGAACCGUAACUUCAUUACAUUUGAUGGUCUAAGCUACAACCUCCAAGGCUCAUGUUCCUAUAUCUUGACUGAGGUCUGUAGUGAAGGUUUGGACCUUGGCAACUUUUCGAUUGUGGCUGAGAGUGGGACUUUUGGAAGAGGCAACAUUGUCGGAACACGUUCGUUGACAGUCAAUGUGCAUGGGUAUGAGAUUAUUGUGGAGCGAGAGGCACAAUGGACAGUCACGGUUAAUGAGGAGACCCGCAUCUUGCCUGUCGUUCUGGACAAUGGUAAAGUUGAAAUCAACCAAGAAGGCUCCAGUAUAGUCCUUCAGACUGAUUUUGAUGUGGUUGUCCGUUAUGAUACCAUAAACUCUGUCCACAUCACAGUUCCUUCUGUCUAUGAGAGUGCUAUGUGUGGUCUGUGUGGUAACUUCAAUGGCCACUUAGAUGAUGACCUACGUCUACCCUCUGGCCAGUUGUCCACCACCACUGAAGAAUUUGGGGCAGCCUGGAGUACAAAUGGAGAUGUAAAAGACUGUAGCUGUAAAGAGAAUUGUAAGGGUUGUGAUAAGAUAAGGUCAGCCAUAUUCGGCCAAGACAAGGCUUGUGGGUUAUUGCUGAAGCAAGAUGGACCAUUUACAGACUGCUAUGGGCUAGUCAAUGUGACUGAAUAUUUUAACCAAUGUUUGUUUGAUAUGUGUGCAAGUGAUGGUCAAUCAGAGGUCCUAUGUCACAGCCUUCAAGCUUAUGUUACAGCGUGCCAGGCUGCUGGGGCCAAAAUUAAAUCUUGGAGGUCAUCCAAUUUCUGCCCAUCGGCAUGUCCUGCAAACAGCCAUUAUGAGCUGUGUGCUCACACUUGUGAUGUUUCGUGUUCUGCUGUCUCCACACCCAUUUCCUGCACUGGGCAAUGUUCAGAGGGUUGUGAGUGUGAUGAUGGAUAUCUUUUUGAUGGAGAUCGGUGCGUGGCCAUGAAAAACUGUGGAUGCUUUUACCAUGGAAGAUACUAUAAUCUCGGAGAUGAGGUUCUGUCUGCUGACUGUCUCCAGCGAUGCACAUGUCAAAAUAGUGGUAUUGUUUUGUGCAGCCCGUUUAGCUGCUCAGAUACUGAGUACUGUGGUCUUCAUGAAGGAAUACAAGGCUGCUAUAAAAAACGUGGCACAUGCAGCCUAAGUGCUAAGGGCAACCUGGUCUCAUUUGACAAUUUAUCUGGGUUUGUUGCCCCCGAAAACAUAUUUGACCUUGUCUCCGUGUGUAACCAAGAAGCUGACAGUUGGUUCCGAAUUGUUGUGAUCACUCACAACUGCAACGAUGAUGAUAGCGACAUCUCUGCUGUCCACGUCUAUUUCCCUGAAUUCUCGAUUGCUCUAAGUCCCAGUGGACAGGCCUGGUUCAACGGUCGGACAGUGAAUCUUCCCUACUCGUCUGGAGAUGUUAAGGUAGAAUUUACCCAGGAAAGAUUGCAGCUAAUAAGUGGUGAAGACCUGGAGUUCACGAUGAGACACAAUGGAGACAUAGCCCUGAAUGUGCACCAGAAGUUCUCUAGGGCCCUUUGUGGAGCUUGUGGCAACUUUAACAAAAAGAAAUCUGAUGAUCUUCAGAAUCUGGGAGGAAAGUCCAGUUCCAGCUUCUCCGAGUUCAUCACCUCUUGGACAGCACAAGACUUUGUUAGAUGGUAA